CAUUCUAUAGACGCGCGCUAAGAGCGCCUCCCGCAACUUUCUCCCUCCGUUAAGCGCGAUAGGUAUGUUUACAAAGGCCUAUAUAGGAGGGACUGAGCCCGCUAAAGUCAUGAUGUGGCCCCUGAUUUAUCAAAAGUCUCAUUUUCCCGAGUUUGAUUCUUGUCUAUUAGCUUUUGGCGGGUUGAGCGGGGCUAUACAAUGUCAGAAAAAUCCAGUCAGCUGGAGACUCCCGCUCAGCUCGAUCUGGAGAGCGGUCCGGAAUCGGCGUCUCGGGCUGCUGAAGAUGGAAAACCAGUGCAACAAGAGAACGAUCCAAAUAUUAUCGACUGGGAUGGACCCGAUGACCCAGAGAAACCGAUGAACUGGCCAAAGUAUCGCAAAGCUGGCAUUAUUGCAACUGUUUGCAUGCUGAGAUUUGUAACGCCUCUUGCAUCAUCAAUGAUGGCAGCCGGGUUGGUGCAGAUCGAAGAGGACUUCAAAAAUGCCGGAGUGAUGUUCAUCACCUUUUCUGUCUCAAUAUACAUUAUUGGGUUUGGUCUCGGACCAUUGGCUUUGGCACCCUUAUCCGAAGUUUACGGUCGGAAUAUAAUCUACCAUAUCGGGAAUAUCAUGUUCACUGGGUUUACCGUCGGCUGUGGUGCAUCACCCAAUGCAGGAUCAUUGUUCACCUUCCGGCUCCUAUCGGGAAUUGUUGGCGGAGUACCCUUGACCAAUGCCGGGGGAACAAUUUCCGAUAUUGUUCCCGUUAAUCGCCGCGGGUCUAUCAUGACAUUAUUUACUUUGUGUAUGCUAGUUGGGCCGGUCAUUGGCCCGACAGUCGGCGGGUUUCUUAGCGAGGCAGCAGGCUGGCGUUGGAUCUUUUGGUUGCUGACAAUCAUGAGCGGCUUGGCUACGUUAUUUGGACUUGCUUUUCUUCGUGAGACUUACGGUCCAGUCUUGCUGGAGAGGAAAGCAGCCCGACUGCGUAAAGAAACAGGAAACCCUUUACUGCGGGGAAAGGGAAAGAUUGAUUUGCCCUAUCGCCAACUCUUAUUUCGGAAUCUGUCGCGUCCAACGAGGAUGCUGAUAUACAGCCCCGUUAUUCUAGGAGUCUCGUUAUACAUGGCGCUUGUAUACGGAGUCAUCUACCUCCUAUUUACAACAUUCUCGGUUGUUUUCCAAAAAACAUAUGGAUUUUCUGAAGGGAUUGCAGGUCUGUCAUAUCUUGGUACCGGCGUUGGUAUGGUCAUUGCUCUUUUUAGCAUGGGGUGGUAUAGUGAUGCCAUUCACAUACGCUUGACUAAGAAGUAUGGCACUGAGCUACCAGAGUAUCGACUUGCCCCGUUGCUUCCCGGAACCAUUGCACUUCCAAUCGGACUUUUCAUAUACGGCUGGACAGCACAGUAUAAAGUCCAUUGGAUAGUUCCCAUUAUUGGCACUGCUUUUGUAGGUAUUGCCACUACUGGUUCGUUUAAUACGAUCCAAAUUUACCUUGUAGAUGCAUACACUGUACAUGCAGCCAGUGCUUUGGCUGCGAAUAGUCUGGUUCGUAGCCUAGCAGGUGGACUAGUUCCUCUUGGGGGGCCAAGCCUGUAUAGCAAUCUCGGUCUCGGAUGGGGAAAUUCCUUGCUUGCUUUUCUAGCCAUUUUUUUUGCAAUUUUUCCUUUGUUAUUUUAUAAAUUUGGCGAGCGGUGGAGGAAGAGGUAUAGUGUCAGCUUCUAG